AUGAUUGGCAAACAUAGCGACAUCAACAUCCAGUUCACGGACGCAGUUGUCCACGUACAUAAUGAACAUUAUAGGACGAAGGACAGAGCCUUGGGGAACACCGCCCUCGACCGCAACCUCUGUCGAUGGCUGGUCACCGAAACGGACAGUUUUAGAUCAGCCAAGUACGAAGCUGCAUAUCCGCUUCAGGAUAUUUCCUCUAGCACCUAUUUGGCUGAGUUUGUGCAGUAG